AUGAUGUCUGGCGGCAUGCACCACCGAUUCCACCCAAAGUCCCGACGCGGGCACCCAGACCUCGAACCCGAUGUGCCCACUGUGCUUGCUCCCUCCGACACUGUCUCCAUGACUGGACGACCGACAGCAUCGGACGCCGCCAGACCCCUGAGUGUCCGCUCAAGACAGAGCGGCACGCCACGAUCCGAGCUAGAGGGGCAUCCUUCCCUUCCAGCCUCAGCCCCUGAAAUCUCGCAUCUCCCUGGGAUGUUUGCAUCCCCAGCCGUGCCGACGCGAGUGGGUUUAUCCCAGUUGGCACGAGACAGCCCGGCUCUGCCGGAGAAGCCGUCCUAUGGACGAGAGAACUCCUUGAUCGAUUUGGAUACUGCUGCUGAGAGCCAGUUCGAAGCUCAUCAGCACAGUGGAUCCACCGUUCCGGUGAUUCGUUCAUUGGUUAGUCAGGAUCAAUCUGUCAGCGACCGAGAAACCGUCGCUUCACAGACUUCCACAACCAUGUCGCGCGCCAUGCAAGGCAUGAGCGUCACGGAAUUGGUAAGCUUUGCGCGUCGCCACCAGGCUAUUGCGCAGGAAGCUUUAGCUGCGGCUGCAGAUCGUGAUCUUAGUUCACAGCGCAGUGAACAGGAUCCGUACGAUGGUAUCGAUUUCGCUCGUUUAGAUCAUGGAAUUACCAACUUUAAUGAACAAUUAGUGACUGGUGAGACGUUCCCUGCGAUGUCUUCGUCCUUCCCUCCCAUGUUUGAGUCGACCUACCUGUCCCCAGUCGGGGCCCGUCCUGCCUUCCCAUCGGGUACUGGUCCAUCAUACCCUUCGAAGGACAAGGGUCCUGAUCCUCGUAACUGGGGAGGUCUGUCGGACCGAUUCUCUGAGCAUGAUCUUGACACUCAGCGUGCUGCGUUCGCGAAUUUUGAUGAGAUCAGACGCAUGAAGCACGAGGACAGUUACUUGCCGCCGUCUGUCUCGGUUCGGCAUGACAGCCGCAGAUCUCCGACCACCAUCUUGUCGGAGCGGAAUUUGAAGAUGCAUAGUGUAAACGCCUCUGGGCACGAUGACCAGGGCGUUGAAGAACAUUUUGUGGACUUGCAGCGCCAAAUUGACAGCCUGCAUAGAGCUGUGACGGAAUCUCGGGCCUCGACGCCCGUUAAGAUGCUGAAUGCCGAGAACAAGCAAGGUGAAAGCUUGUCCCAGGCCCAGACCGCUGUGAAGAACAGCAUCGACCGUCAUAUCAGCAUUGGUGUGCCGCCGACGCACACCCAGACAGACGCACGUGAGAGGACUCCUGCAACUCGUACCGGGGCAGGAAGCUUCAUUGAGCGUGCGUUGCGCAACGUCGAUAGCUUUGGCGGACCCCCUCCAUCCGAGCCGCCGUCCAGCAAUCCCUCGGAUGUCGGAAGUCGGAGCCCGACACCAGUGCCACGUCGUUCCAGGCAAGGAGAGACUGUGAACGUCUCAGUAAACGAACCGAAAAUGAUCUUGAAGCCAAUUCCGCCGAAGGAGUACGACGGAUCUCCUAAUGCGGUAGCGUUCCACCGAUUUGUGAAAGAGGGAACAGCUUACCUAAAGCUCGGCCGCGUCCCCGCUGAUGAACGAGCGUUCUAUUUGUCGUAUUUCAUGUCUGGCCAUGCACGAGAGUUCUAUAACAGUCGCGUGGAAAAUGAUGAACAUACCUGGACGUUAUCAGACUUCUUCUGGGGUCUAUUCAACUUCUGUUUCCCUGUGAACUUCCGUGAGAAACAGCGGUCGAAGUUAAACGCGUGCAAGCAAGAUGACAAAUCUGUAUUGGUCCAUAAGGCCGAGUGGGAGCAGAUCUUCAAUACGAUUGGUCUGGAAGCAAACCAGGAGAAAGUCGUGAUGUUUUGUCGCAGCUUGAAGACGUCGAUUCGCAAGGAAAUGUUCCGCGCGAAUUUGGAUCCCGAAAUGUCGACUUGGGAUGAGGUUACUCGCGGUGCUGAAGCUGCUGAGGUAAUCGUGAAUCUUGACCUUGAGGAUGCCGACAGUGAUGAGACUGAGGCGCCGAAACCUCAGCCCAAGUGGAAGAAAGAAAACUUGGCUACGGAUUCAAACGAGAAGCGCCGCAACGGAGGGCGAGCUCUAUCGGUGUCAAGUGCUGCUGUCGAAACUCCAAAGAAGAACCAGCACGAAAAGACAUGGGAUUACGUGACGCGUGACGGCAAAAAGUUGUCUGCCAAGACUCGAGCUACGUACCUGAGCGAGGGACGCUGCUUCGAGUGUGGAGAACGCGGGCACUUGUCUCGAAACUGCCCCGAUGUGAGUGGAAUGAAGUCGGAGAAUCCCGGGAAACCGCCGGGUAUUGCUUCACACGCAAUCGAUAUCUCGCUUGCUGAGACCACUGAAACUGACUCCACCGACUGGGAGUUUGUUGAACAACUAAUCAAAGCUCUUGAGAUUCUCGAGCUCAUCACCAAAGAGUUCUCUCUCAAAACGGUCCCAACCCUCCCGAAAGUUCUUCCGUUUUAUAAGCUGAUGGAGACCGAUCUUGAGGCAAAGUCGAAGGAACUUUGUUCUAUUCCCAACCUCUCCGCUGCUCUCCUCGCUGGCUCAAAAAUGGCGACAAAAUACAUCAACAAAGCUCUCGAAGGUGAUUACCCAAUGUUGGCAACCCUUUUGCACCCUGCGUUACGUCUCCGCUUCUUCCAAAACAGCAAUUGGGACCCCAGUGUUGCCAACAGAGCGAAAAAGAUCCUCGUCGAAAUUGUACAGAGGUAUCUGGCAGAGAUUCCAACCUCUGAUACGGCUUUGGUUGCAGAGGCUGCUCCUACCCGCAGUGUCUUCGGUCUGGCAGCAACCAUGGGCUCCAGGACUGGAGGUGUCGCUUCACUUGAUGCCAGUGCAGAGAUAGAGCUUUAUUUCGGAGGCAUCUCACCUGUCGCGGACAUGUUUGAUGAUCCACUCGGAUGGUGGAAGGACCAGGCCGUUACACUCAAAGGUCUUGCGCGUGCUGCGCGUGAUAUCCUCGGCAUUCCCGGAGUCAGUAUCUCUGUUGAACGCCUCUUUUUGAGCCUCCGUCACACUCUGAAGGAGUCUCGGAUGUCUAUGACUCCCGAGAAGAUUGCCAUGAGUGUCAGUACAAAGGAAUGGAUCAAGUCUGGGCUGAAUGAGGGUCUCCAUUACACUGAUUUUAUUCGUAUGCACAGUAAAUAA